UCCGUCGCGGGCCAGUCAGGGCGUCGAGGCGAGGGUAGGCGAAGUGUGAGGCGCGGGAGGUAAAGUAACAGGGUCCAACCCUCGAUGGAGGUUGGAUGUUUGGCGAGGAAAAGGAGGGGUGUCAGGAGGGUGAGCGCGAAAAGUUGACGGAUUUGGGGGGGUAACCGGCGGGAGAGAGGGGGUUGGCGACUGUCGCAGAGAACUGCGACGUCCCACGUGGCGAUGACGGCGAAUCUGGAGGGGUCAUUCGCCAGUUCUUCCGGGGACAACUGCUGGGCUGCCUGGGGGUGGGUGUCCAGCGGUGCCCGAGUAUUGUGCAAACGGCUGGACCCUCGUCCCCUAGAUCUUGGAGAUGGCCUGUGGGGCACAGCAUACAGAGAACGCUCGGCGACCAUUGAAGUGAUGGGACAGCUGCUGGCUGUUGACGACGACACUCGCAAGCUCAAGUGGUGGAAGGCCCAGUCGGUGCGCUUCAUGCUCCGCUGGCCCUCGCCGCACCUCUGCCACCUCGUCAACCGCGAGCGCCACCAGGUGUACGGGCUGCAUGUGGCGCGCACUGUGGCAUCAGCCGUGGCCCGGCGGCAACAGCUGGUGAAUAGCUCAUUUGCUGCAGCUCAAGCACUUGGGUUUGACUUGUCAGGGCAGAGCUCCCUGCAGAAAGGAAGCACUUGGCAGCAGGGCUUGGGAGAGGGUUCGAGAUUGGGACAGGUGGGGACCACAUGGGCCAGCAGCUGCACCAGCAAUGGCAGCAACCGCAACGAAACCAGUGAAAUCAGCAGCAGCCACAGUAGCAGCAGCAGAAUGAAUGGCACCAGUCACACAAGCAACAGCAGCAGCAGCAGCAGCAGCAGCAGUGGUUUGCUACAAUUAGCCUUUCUAUCAGGUGCAAUCGAGGCAGCAGUAGGCUGGGAGGUGUAUAUGCCACGACCAAUAGUGAGUGUGCAUGUGCGACAGGGCGACAAGAGCAGAUGGAUGGGGGCAAUUUCCUUGGCCUCUUACGUGUUUGAGGCCAACCGCUUUCGCCGCGUGGAUCCGGCCUUGCACUACGUGUGGCUCAGCACAGAGAUGGAGAGUGUUGUAACAGGAUCUAAACAGUUUCAUCAAUGGACCUUCUUCUAUUCCACACUGCCACGGCAGCGGGGGAACGAAAAGAUGUCUCUCUACUUGCGUGUCAACCUCCCUCGCAUGAUUGGAGCCAGCUUUGUCAACCUGCUGCUGUCUUCAGAAUGUGACUACUUCGUGGGAGUGCUUGCAUCCAACUGGAAUCAGCUCAUAGAUGAACUAAGAUCCACCAAUGGGAGGCUCUUUGCAGGUUAUCUUGCGCUCAACCAUGGGGAGUGGUAGAUACCUUACCUGUGAAAGAAAUUGAAAAGUAGUGCAGGAGACUAAGUAGAGGAUUUGCAGACACCUUGAAGUAGAAAGUAAUAUUGGAAGUACCUCCAAUAACAGCCAGUAUUAUCAAGUUGUAACACUAGAAUCAGUGUUAUAGCCUUG